AUGACAGAACUCAACUUCCUCCCAUUACUCUCCGAUCGUCUCUCCACAACGACGGCGACGUCACCGUCUUUCUCCUCACAUUCUCUUCUCCCUUUCACAAGACGACGAAGAAGACAACAUCCAAACCAACCCGUCUCCGUACGCAUGGAGCAGUCACGACGGAAAGACAAAAUCGUCGUCAUCUUAGGAGCAACCGGCGCCGGAAAAUCACGUCUCUCAGUCGAUCUCGCCACUCGUUUCCCUUCGGAGAUCAUAAACUCCGACAAAAUCCAAGUCUACGAAGGAUUAGAGAUCACAACGAAUCAGAUUACGAUCCCGGACCGUCGCGGCGUUCCUCACCACCUACUCGGUUACCUCCGUCCCGAAGACGGCGAACUCUCCGCCGGAGAUUUCCGUAUCGCCGCUUCAAACGCCGUUUCCGAUAUAACCUCCCGUAAAAAGGUCCCGAUUAUCGCCGGCGGAUCUAACUCCUUCGUACACGCACUCCUCGCCGAGAGAUUCGACCCAAAGUCCGAUCCUUUCGCUUCCGGGUCGUCGGAUUCUUCAUCAAUCUGCCGUGAUUUGCGUUACGAUUGCUGUCUCCUCUGGGUAGAUGUGUCGGAGAGUGUGCUUUUCGAGUAUCUUCUGAAACGGGUCGACGAGAUGAUGGAUUCGGGUAUGUUCGAGGAGCUAUCCGGGUUUUACGACGCGGUUAAAUCGGGUUUACCCCGGUUCGGUAUACGGAGAGCUAUAGGCGUCCCGGAGUUCGACGGUUACUUUAAAAUGUACCCACCGGAGAACAAGAAAGGAAAGUGGGACCCAGCGAAGAAGGCGGCGUACGAUAAGGCGGUGGAGGAUAUCAAGGAGAACACGUUGAGGUUAGCGAAGAGACAAAUAGGGAAGAUUGAGAAGCUGAGAGACGCGGGGUGGGAGAUUAAGAGGGUCGAUGCGACGGCGUCGUUUAGAGCGGUUAUGAUGAGUUCGCCGGAGAAGAGAAGAGAGUGGAGAGAGAUUUGGGAGGAGCAAGUUUUGGAGCCAAGCGUAAAGAUUGUGAAUCAGCUGUUGGUGGAUGAUUAG